GAAAGUAGUUACUUUCGAAACGAAAUGUUGACACACAUAAGAUCUCUUGACACACGUAUAAAAAGAAACUUAUCAAUUUUCAAAAGCUAAAGACUUAAGAAAGAAUUCAGGACAUUAAAGCGAGUAUAAAAAAUGAAAGCUGUUCUGCUUUUCUGCCUUCUUGCACCUUUAGUAUUUGCAUAUCGGCAUAAAAAUGAUCUAAAUGAAGACGAAAAUGAAGAAGAUCUUGCCGAUCUACUUAGAUCAAGAUAUCGUGACGAAGACUUUGGAGACGAAAAUGAAGAUAAUGAUAACUCAGAUUCAAACAAAACGGAAGAAGAAUUAUUAAAUGAAAGUUUAGAAGAUCCAGUAGCCGAACUGUUGUCUGCAACUAAUUCAAAAAAUAUGCCUUCGCAAACUGUCGCCCCUACAACUGAAGCCGAAACAAAACCCCCAUUUGUUUUUACAACUGCAACACCAAAAAAAAAGAAGGUCAUCAGAGGUAGAGGUAAACGACGGUGUUAUCGAUUCUGCAUUAAAAGCCUUCAGAACAAAAAUUCAAAACCAAAAUGUAGAACAGUUUGUUAUCCGAGAAUUCGCAGCUAUCUACCAUAUAAGUUAAGAAAACUCAUGUGGAAAUCACUUCCCCCAUAUUGAUUUUUUGUUAAAUAAUUAGUAUGAGCUUCGGAGUUUAAUGUUUUUACAAUAAUGAUUAUUAUUUGUUAUUAAAUAUUACAAUUUAAAAAGUUUAUAAAAAAAUGAUUUUUUCAUAAAA